AUGACUCCAACUCUCCCAGCAGCGGAGACGCGACGGAGAGGAACGACACAGGCCGACGGCGAGCAAAGAAGACCAACGGCGAGGGAAAGAGAGAAGCUACGAUUGAUUUCCAAGGAGGAGGGGAGGCCGAUCAAUAUUUAUGUGAGUCACAGAGGCGAUGACCGUAACGUUUAUGAAUUCACUGAUAAGAUUUGUGCUGCUUUCGAAGCUGCAGGUUUGACAACUUUUGAGCAAGAUCAGGAUCUCGAAACUGAGGACUCACUUCCAGAUUAUCUUCUGAAACCGAUUCAUGAAUCAUGGGUCUCUCUAUUUGUCUUCUCCAAAACCCAUUCUACUUCAAAACAGCACUUCAUGGAACUCAAAGAAAUUGCUUGGCGAAUUCAUAGGCCACGCGGUGUUAUACUGAUCUUCUACGAUCUCGAUGGAACCCAGGCAAGGGAGGUUCUGGAUGAAAUCUAUGACAAUGUCGCCAGUCAAUUCAACAACUUCACAAGUGGAACACCUGAUGAUCUUUUUGAGAUGUUUUGUAUGAUGAUCCAACCAAGACGAAUUUCAAAAGCCAUCAAUGAAAUUGUUAGCAAGGUCAUGAUAGCACUGCGUCAACUAGAAUAUGUUGUUGAGCUAAUUGGGAUGCAAUCUCAUGUGUCUGAAGUCGAAAAGCUUUUGAAUUUGGAUUCAAAUGAUGAAGUUCAAGUGGUAGGAAUUUGUGGAAUGGGUGGAGUAGGGAAGUCAACUCUUGCUCAAGUUUUGUACAGAUCAAUCUCUCGACAUUUUGAUGCAUUUUGUUUCAUAGAGAAUAUAAGCCAACUUUUGCGUGAUGAUCUAUCUUUAAUGAAAAUUCUUUAUCAAAACUUGGAGAUCAAACCAACGUAG